UCACAUUACCCUGGAAACCAUUACCCAAGCAUCACCCUUUUAGUAUCAAAAGCUACUUUCCUGCUACUGGGGGUAGAUCUACUGCAUCAGCAUCAUGGAGCAAACCCAAGGCCCUGUGCAUUACCUGCCGUCUAUUCAUCAUAAGAGUGUCUCAGGAAGAUCCCCCAGAGAGCCAGCCCCUCCCCCCUUUGGUCUACCUCAUCUCACAUCUAGAUCUGCAGCCACAAAGGCUGAGAGAUACAGCAGCUUGAGGGAGUUUGACAGAAAUGGCUUGCAGAGAUCCAAAGCUCAUGUUAGAAAUGCGCUUAAAACCACCAAUGACUUGGACAGAAUAUCAAGGCAGUUGAAUGAGCGUCUCAAGAGUUUAAAGGGAGACCAAAAAAAGACGGUGUCAUUUGAUCGUCUAUCAGAAUACCGUGAUGCUUUCGAGGAGAUAGUGAAGACAAGUGGAGCAUUCUCACCACUAUUGAACGAGAUACAAAACAUAUACAAUCAGUACCUUAUGACAGCUGUAAGCCAGCAACAAGAAUACGAACCAACCAGGAGUAUCACUCAAGAUCUCUCACUAAGCACUCCUGACGAGAAGGGAACCUCUAAAGAUCUACUUCAGCUAAAAAAGCAACUUCAUCACCUAGAGGUGGAAUCAAGAGUCCUCCUACAGGACAACAAUAGGUUGAGAGAAGAGCUAAGCAAAGAAAAAGAACAUCAUACGCAUCGCAAGCAUCAAGAAAUGGCAAGGAUAGACUCCCUGAAGAACCACCCAGUCUCCCCUUACACCUCUUCCACACAUGUACAAGACUAUGCAACUCAAGUAGAAAGCCUCCAAUUAAAAAUAGCUGAGGAGAGGCAAGCCAUAGCCACCACCAUCUACCAUAGGAAGGGGAAGAUCCCAUUAUCAGUGUGUCACAACCUGGAGCAGUGCCUGAGAGAGGCCGAGAUUGAAACUCAGAAGUACCAGAGACAUAGUGAGCAUCUACUACAAGAAAUUGAGAAGUGGAAAGGGGCGUUAUGGGAACAGCUCCAGAUACAAGGCUUUGCAGAGAACUUCCGGGGUAUUUGGGACAAAAUCAUCACAAAGUGAACAAUACUUCAUUCAAGGCACUCGGAACAAUAAUAAUUAUAAUAAUUACAACAAAUAACAUAAAUCAGUGACAUGAACCAUUGUCAUUAAUUAGUCAUUGUUUUAACAAUCA